AUGACAUAUAGCGAAUUAUUAAGACGUGUUCCGUUGAGUAAUAAAAUUGGAGUGACGUAUCCUGAUCAAAUGCCUGCAUUGGCUGUGAUUCCUGAAUUAAGAGUCCCACCAAUUCCACCAGUAGAGGAGAUGUUUCAAGCUUGGUUCGAUGAGCUUGAUCAAGCGCUUGAAGGAGUAAAACAAAGACUGGAUAGAAGUAAGCUUUGGGAUCAAUGGUAUAGUGAAACGUAUCUGAGUAAGAAACCUAUGGGGAUCCAAAGCACGUUACUACCGUCAAAAAGGUAA